GAACCCCCAAGCCAACGCGCUCAGCCCUUGUUUUCCCCCCCAUCAGGAUUUGUCCUUCCCAAAGCUUGGGCGGAUGGAGGAGGAGGCUGCGAGGAAGAGGAAGAUGCCUUGGGCCCCCCAGGCAGGUGAGGAGGAAGUCAGUGUCCCUUUGGGCGGGUGUUGUGCUGGCUCUGUCAGCCGAGCAUGGCCCCGGCUGCAGGACAACCCCGCUGGCGCCGCCGUCCUGCCGGGGCCGGAGUUGGGGGGAUGUCCUUGGCCUUCCCUGUGGGCCGGAGGCAAAUCCCCUGCCUGUCCUUGUUGCUUCCUGCCCCAGGCCCCGAGCUGAGGACGGAGAGCCCGGAGGACAAAUCCCCCCGUGAGACCCUGGUGGGAGAGGCCGUUUUGAAGGGCUCCCCGGCGCAGGAAGGCAGCGGGGAGGAAAAGGGCCGGAGAUCCCCCCACAGGAGGGGCUCCAAAGCCAGCCCAGGGUGCUCUGAGGAGGAAAGACCCAGCCUGUGCCAGGAAGGCGGCUGGAGCUUGAGGAGGAGCUCUGACCUGGUGGUCCCUGAUCAGCCUCCCAGCAGAGAGAAGCCCUUCAGGUGCUUGGAAUGUGGGAAGAGCUUCAGUCAGAGCUCUCACGUGCUCCGACACCAGGACAUGCACACUGGGGCACGUCCCUACACGUGUGGAGAAUGUGGGAAGAGCUUCAGCCAGAACUACCACCUCCGCACCCACCAGCGCAUCCACAGCGGGGAACGGCCCUACAAGUGUGAGGAAUGUGGGAAGAGCUUCAGCCGGAGGUACCACCUCCGCACCCACCAGCGCAUCCACAGCGGGGAACGGCCGUACACAUGUGAGGAAUGUGGGAAGAGCUUCAACCGGAGCUUUCACCUUUGUUCCCACCAGCACAUCCACACUGGAGAAUGUCCUUACACGUGUAGGGAAUGUGGGAAGAGCUUCAGUCACAGCUCCACCCUCCGCAAACACCAUCGCAUCCACACUGGGGAACGGCCCUACAAGUGCUUGGAAUGUGGGAAGAGGUUUCCAACCAGGGGGAAUCUCUACACGCAUGAGCGGACGCACAGGGAUGAGAGGCCCUUCUGCUGCACCGACUGCGGGAAACGGUUCAAGGAGAAAUCCCAUCUUGUCACCCACCGGCGCAUCCACACCGGGGACAGGCCCUACAAGUGUGGGGAGUGUGGGAAGAGAUUCACCCAGAUCGGUGUCUUGACCAAACACAAACGUACCCACCAGUAAAGGGAAGCCCUACCAGUGCCCCGACUGCGGGAAGAGCUUCGGCCGCUGCUUCCACCCCGAAUGAACCCCCUGAUGGUGAGGCAACCCCUGGAGUCCAGUGACUGUCAGUCCAUCCCUUUUGACCACAAAGGGCCAGUCCCCUUUAACAGAGGCACGUUCUUCCAACAGAACCCUUCUUGGGGGGUGUGUGGAGAUU